AGCAUUAUCAACAACCAUUUAUAAUUCAGCAUCCUUCGACGCCAUUGUGCCGACUAAUCGUGUUUUUCAAUUUAUUUGCCCGCAUUAACUGAAGUUAUUAGAACAAACUAAAGCGAGGGAAAGGCUACUAGCGAUCUCGCUUAUUUUAACCAGGGUACUAUUAUAGCCAUGAAGCGAGAAGCUGACGGUGACAUGGGCUCCCCACAGAAACGUACAAGAAGAGGAGAUGAAGAAGUCCGUUUGCUUAUACCUAGUAAGGUUGCUGGUUCCAUAAUUGGUAAGGGAGGACAAAAUAUAACGAAGUUACGUAGUCAGUACAAAGCCUCCAUAACUGUCCCUGAUUGCCCGGGCCCUGAACGCAUGCUGACACUCUCCUCCGACUUGGAAACCGUCUGCAGCAUCAUCAACGACGUCGUUCCCAACCUAGAAGAGAAUGGAGCAAGAGUGAGCAAUGGAAACGAAUUGGAUCUACGUAUGAUGAUACAUCAGAGUCAAGCUGGCUGCGUCAUCGGAAAAGCUGGUCACAAAAUCAAGGAAAUUCGCGAGAAAAUUGGGGCCCGUAUUAAAAUAUUUUCCAACACUGCACCGCGCAGUUCCGAUCGCAUUAUCCAAAUUAUCGGUGAGCCCGAUAAAUGCAUUGAGACCGUUAGGGAAGUCCUAACUCUCAUCAAAUCCAGCCCCAUUAAGGGCGUAGUCAACCCGUACGACCCCCAUAACUACGAUGACUUUUACGCGGAAGAGUACGGCGGCUGGGGCAGCUCUGGCGGCAGCGGCGGCGGCGGUGGGGGCGGCAGCGGGGGCGGCGGCGGAAAUUCCGGCCGCAGGAGCGGCCCCGAUGGCGGGGGCCCCCCGAAUCGCAACGGUUUCAGGGACGGACCUCCAGCCUCGGCUGGAGGCGGCCGUUUCAACAGCAACCGCCAAGGACCGCCGCCCCCAAGAGGAAACUCUGGAGGUUUUAACGAUAGACAAGGCGGCGGCGGCGGGGGUGGUGGAAUGCUGCCGAGAAACAAUUUCGGCGGCGGCAGCAGCAGCGGAGGCGGCGGCGGCCUCGGCGGCGGCAGCAGGAUGAACGGAAACUCCAACAGCUACGAAAGAAACGUGUGGAACACCGGGCCUAGCAACAACAACGGCGGCAACUACAAUCAGCCGCCCCCGAUGAUGAACCAAGGGGGCGGCGGGGCGCCGCCUUCGCUGGCCAGCGGCGGAGCCAUCAACAAAGCCGGACCCGGCGGAAAGAACACCACCCAAGUGACAAUACCCAAAGAUCUUGCCGGGGCUAUAAUCGGCAAAGGGGGCGGUAGAAUACGCAAAAUCCGCCAAGAUUCGGGAGCGGGGAUUACUAUUGAUGAACCUCUGCAAGGUUCCAACGACCGCAUCAUAACCAUUUCCGGUAUGCCCAACCAGAUACAGAUGGCGCAAUAUUUGCUUCAGCAAAGUGUUCACAACAACUCCGAACGCAAUAACUACUAAGGAAUUCAACAUAUUCUGAUAAAUCCAUAUAUAUUUUAGAUAUACCCAAUAUUUAAACAAUAAUAAAACGAUUCAUUCCAAUUUUCUUUAUAUGGGCAUUAUACUGUUAAAAAAAGUAUAUUGUAAUUAUUACAUCACACUUAAAGUAUCGCGCGUUUUUAUUAGACUUAUAUACCUAUCUUAUAUUAUGUUUAGAAAAAUUGACCUCUGUAUCAAGGUGCAUUAAUUUUUAUUUCUAGGUAAAAACGUUGUAUUUUUUUAAAGGGAGUCCUUUAUUCAAAAACGAAAUAUCUUAUUUUUAUAUUCAUAUAUACCACUUUAUUGAUGAUGAACUGUUCGUAUAUUCAUAUAAUAGAGCUAACACGAGUGUAUAGUACUAACCGUAAUUUUUUACGUCGGGAACAAUCCAGUACAAAUUUAUAUCUUUGUUGUUCCAAACGCGACUUCAAAUAUUCUACCAAAUAUUUUUAUAGGCUUAGUUUCUGAUAUAUGUAAGUAAGUGUUAUGUAUUCAAUAUGUAAUAAUAUCAAUAAAAUAUUUCAGUAAAAAUAA